UUGUGAAGAUCCCAUGCGGGAGGACGAAGCUUUUUGAUUUUUCCCCCAACCUCCUUCGGUUUUCAUCGCAAUCGUCAAACUUCAUCGGUCACCGUCGCGACCACAGCAGGCCGCUCCGACUCCUUUCUCCCUCUCCCGCACUAUCUUCCGCUUCUUUUAGGAUGGCAGGUGGCUGGAGUUAGGGUUUGGAUUCGCGGCGGAUUUGGUUGCGGGGAGGGGGGCGCGGAGCAGGAUGUCGAUGCACGAGAGGAAGACGAUCGAUUUGGAGCAGGGAUGGGAGUUCAUGCAGAAGGGUAUCACCAAGCUGAAGAACAUCUUGGAGGGGCUCCCGGAGCCGCAGUUUAGCUCGGAGGACUACAUGAUGCUCUACACGACUAUAUACAACAUGUGCACUCAGAAACCUCCGCACGAUUACUCGCAGCAGCUAUACGACAAGUACAGGGAGUCUUUUGAGGAGUACAUCACUUCCAUGGUAUUGCCAUCUUUGAGAGAGAAACAUGACGAAUUUAUGCUGAGGGAAUUAGUUAAAAGAUGGUUAAAUCAUAAAGUCAUGGUCAGAUGGCUUUCUCGUUUUUUUCAUUAUCUUGAUCGCUAUUUCAUUGCACGGAGGUCACUUCCUCCGCUGAAUGAAGUUGGCCUUACUUGUUUCCGUGAGCUGGUUUAUCAUGAGGUCAAAGGGAAGGUUAAAGAUGCUGUUAUUUCUCUGAUUGAUCGAGAAUGCGAGGGGGAGCAAAUUGAUCGCGCUUUGUUGAAGAAUGUCUUGGACAUUUUUGUGGAGAUUGGGUUGGGUAAUAUGGAAUGUUAUGAAAAUGACUUUGAAGCAGAUCUACUCGAGGAUACUGCAGCCUAUUAUUCUAGGAAAGCUUCAAAUUGGAUUCUAGAAGAUUCAUGCCCAGAUUACAUGUUAAAGGCUGAAGAGUGCUUAAAGCGUGAGAAAGAUAGGGUAGCUCAUUACUUGCAUUCUACUAGUGAACAGAAGAUGCUAGAGAAAGUGCAACACGAGUUGCUGUUUGCAUAUGCCAGCCAACUUCUGGAAAAGGAACAUUCUGGGUGCCAUGCCUUACUUCGAGACGACAAGGUGGAGGACCUCUCACGUAUGUAUAGGCUCUUUUGCAGAAUAUCUCGUGGUCUUGAUCCUGUUUCUCAAAUAUUUAAGCAGCAUGUGACUGCUGAGGGUACAGCCUUGGUCAAACAAGCAGAAGAUGCUGCAAGUACCAAGAAGGCAGAGAAAAGGGAUGUUGUUGGUUUGCAAGAACAGGUUUUUGUUAGAAAAAUUAUUGAACUCCAUGACAAAUACUUGGCCUAUGUGAAUGACUGCUUUCAGAAUCACUCUCUAUUCCAUAAGGCACUGAAAGAAGCUUUUGAGGUUUUCUGCAACAAGGGUGUUGCUGGCAGCUCAAGUGCUGAGUUGCUAGCUACUUUCUGCGAUAAUAUCCUUAAGAAGGGGGGAACCGAAAAACUCAGUGAUGAAGCCAUUGAAGAGACACUAGAGAAAGUUGUAAAGCUACUUGCAUAUAUCAGUGACAAAGAUCUGUUUGCUGAGUUCUAUCGGAAGAAGCUUGCUAGGAGAUUACUUUUUGACAAAAGUGCUAAUGAUGACCACGAGAGGAGUAUUUUGACAAAGCUAAAGCAGCAAUGUGGCGGACAGUUCACCUCAAAAAUGGAGGGCAUGGUGACUGAUCUAACUCUUGCCAGAGAAAAUCAAUCUAGUUUUGAAGAAUAUCUCAACACAAAUUCUCAAGCAAAUCCGGGGAUAGAUCUAACAGUUACUGUUUUGACAACUGGAUUUUGGCCAAGUUACAAAUCAUUUGAUCUCAACCUCCCUGUAGAGAUGGUUAAGUGUGUAGAAGUUUUCAGAGAGUUUUAUCAGACCAAAACCAAACACAGAAAGCUUACAUGGAUCUAUUCUUUGGGCACAUGUAACAUCAAUGGCAAGUUUGAGCCCAAGACAAUGGAACUUAUUGUGACAACUUAUCAGGCAGCCGCCCUGCUGUUGUUUAAUGCUUCGGACAGAUUGAGUUAUCAAGAGAUAAUGGCGCAGCUUAACUUGGGUGAUGAUGAUGUCAUCAGAUUGCUUCACUCCCUUUCUUGUGCCAAGUAUAAGAUUCUCAAUAAAGAGCCAAAUACAAAAUCUAUUUCUUCAAAUGAUGUUUUUGAGUUCAAUUCCAAAUUCACUGACAAAAUGAGAAGGAUCAAGAUACCUUUACCCCCAGUGGAUGAGAAGAAAAAAGUAAUAGAAGAUGUUGACAAAGAUCGACGGUAUGCUAUUGAUGCCUCUAUUGUUCGAAUUAUGAAAAGUCGGAAAGUAUUGGGCCAUCAGCAGUUGGUGAUGGAAUGUGUUGAACAGCUUGGUCGCAUGUUCAAGCCUGACUUCAAAGCAAUUAAGAAAAGAAUAGAAGAUCUAAUCACGAGAGAUUAUUUGGAGAGAGACAAGGAUAACCCAAAUAUUUUCAGAUACUUGGCUUGACCUUUGGAGAAACACAAUUAUCUGGCCUCAUUAUUUCAGGCAUCCGAACAUGAAUUUCCAAAUUCGAGACUGCAAAUUUCAGGCCUUAGUUAUACUCAAAAGGGUACCUGGCUGAAAAAAGGAGAAAAUUCAAGAACCUGAGACAGCUUCCUUGUAUAUCCAUGCUGAAACAAGCUUUACUAGCAUUAAUAUCUGCAGCAACGAGAAUUGUGUAAUGUGAAAUUUCUAGUGCUAAGUUGGUUAUUGUAUUUUCUUAUUGUAAUCAAAGGAUGUUUGACCUUGUCUUUGAAUUCUUGUUUUCUGUC